AACAAAAAGUAGGGAUGAAAUGUGUAUGACAUUAUUGAAAAAACAUAAAAAGUGAAUUUUUAUGUAUAAUAAUAUUUUUUUAUUAUUAUUAUUUUUUGAUGUACCUGUAGAGUCCAUGUUUUGUUUCUUUUUUCUUUUCUUUUUUUUCAGAUUAAAUCGUGCCUGUAUUAAGUCGGACUAGUGUGUUUAUUAGAUGCUUGAAAUAAUUUUAUUUUAUUUUCUUCUUUAAAUUUUUUGCCUCGCUCAAAACUACGUAAAAAUGCUCAAAAUUUACUAACCGCAGUAAAAAAAAAUAAAAAAAAAUUGUUCACCUAGAUAAACGAUUGUCUUUCAGAGAGAGCUUCCUUACUGAUUGCUCUCUCUCUCUCUCUCUCCUGGUUUAUUUCUAGGGUUUCUACAAUGUCGGACUACUUAUCCAGCGAAUUGAUGAUGGAAAUUCUGGCAAGACUACCGGUGACAACUCUUCUGCAAAUCAGGUGCGUCUGCAAAUCUUGGUGUUCUCUAAUCAGUAGCGAUAAUUUCGUGACCUUUCGCCUCAAUCGCACAACUCAUUUGAACAACAUCAACAACACUCACCUACUUCUCAUUAGGCACUUCACUGAAGAUAAUGAGAAACAAGAGCGUUUUUCAUUGUAUCUCGAUAACGAAUCACUCACCCAGUACCAUUUGAAUCUCGAAAGUCGUCCAAUCACACGAAUUCGCCCCUAUUUCCACAUUCUCGGUUCUUGCAAUGGCUUGGUAUGCCUCGUCGAUUGCGUAACGAGCGAUUCUGUAUGUCUGUGGAACCCUACUAUUAGGAAAUUAGUAGUACUUCCCGAGAUUCGCAUUACCUUCUGUUCGCUCCGUUCUUAUGGAUAUGGAUUUGAUUCCGCAACUAAUGACUAUAAGGUGGUUAGAAUUGCUUAUGUUCAUGGUGGUCCUGAGGUUGACAUUUACUCCCUCAAGGAGGGCUGUUGGAGACUGAUUAGUCCUGCUGGUGACAUACCUAUAAUUCCAUUUGAUGUGUCUAAUGCUUCUGUCAAUGGAGUUAUCCAUUGGCUCUGCGGAGAUCGUUGCCCUUGCAUCGUGUCAUUCAAUUUGGGUAGUGAGGAAUUCUCCUUGAUCGAGCUACCAAGGAGUUUAGUCCAGAGAUUGAUAGUACCAGUACAUCGGUUGUCCAUUGGAGUGUUUCAAGACUCGCUUUGUGUGCUCCACAAUGAUUGUGUGGAGGAGGGCGUAGCGUCAAUCUGGGUGAUGAAACAAUACGGUGUUGUGGAGUCAUGGACCAAUGUGUUCAAUCUUGAUUCCGACGGAGAUUUUGUGAAAGUUCUUGGCUUGAGGAGGAAUGGUGAAGUUCUUUUGACAAAAGAUGAGGAGCUGUUUUCCGUUGACAUAGAUACUAGAAAUCUCAAGUCUCUUGGGAUCAGUGGAGAUGAUGCAGCAUUUUGUGUCAAUACUUACACAGAGAGCUUAGUCUUAAUCAAUAAAGUAAAUGGAGGCUUUGGGGAGCCAGCAUGGUCUUCUCAAUUGCAGGCACUUUAAGAAGCAAGAAACAAUCGAAACAGCAGGAUUUUUGUAUAUAAAAAGCUUACAGACUAGACACGUGUUGAAGCAGAGGAAGCGCUUAGUUGGGAAUUUAACAGCUCCAGAGGUUAGAAGGGUUGAUGGCGAGUACUGGUGAAGAAGAACUUCAGUUGGGAGCGUUGUUGCUGCCCCAAUCAUUCUUCAAAAGCUGACCUGAUAGAAUUGAAUAGGUUGCCUCACUGGCUUGGAUUUUGCUGAACAUGGUAGAAUUUGCUGUUCUUCUAACCGGAGGAUCCUUUUUGGAAGGAGUUAUAAUGCUGAAAGCUGUUCAAAUUUUCUUAGCUCUUUCUGUUUGUAAAGAGGAUAACGUUGAAUACUUGCAAAACUUGAACCAUGAAUAUAGCUGCUCUCGCUCUCUUUUGUGUCUACAAAUUGGGAUUUAAUUAUUUUUGUUUUAAUUUAAGUUCCAUUUAAACUCUUGUUGGUUGUGAA